UUUUUUAAAAGUUCCAUCUGUGGGAAAAUUAAAAAAAAAACUGGUUGUGAUUCUACAUGAACGGAUUUAUUUUUCUUGAGAGUCAGAAUGCCCGUUGGCGGUAGUUAGCUCUCCUGUUCGUAAAGAGCAUGAAUGGUGUUGCUGUAACCAUAACAAAUUUACCGAAAGCUUUCAUCUUUUUGUGUGUGUGCGCGUGUGUGUUGGUGCAUCCGGCAACAUGUCAAAUCCGAUAUGUCUAUUAUCAGGGCCAUCCUGGAAGUAGAGGACCGGAAGGUCCGAGGGGACCCCCAGGGGCAGACGGCAGACCGGGCACACCAGGACCUGCGGGACCUCCGGGUCCUAUUGGCCCAGCAGGACCUAUGGGUAUGAUGGGACCACCUGGACCUCCUGGUCAACCUGGUGAGAAAGGAUCUGUGACACAAAUCAUUAAAUAUGAGUCUGAUUCUGAACGGAGAGGAAAUGUCGGACCCUCUGGUCCUCCUGGAAACCAGGGUUCUCAGGGAAUGCCUGGAGAACGAGGUGCUGUGGGUAAACCAGGGCAGCCUGGACUUCAAGGAGUACCCGGUGUGCCAGGUUUACCAGGUGGAACUGGACCACCUGGCCAGAGGGGUCUGAGAGGCCAACCUGGCAUGCCUGGGAUGCCUGGCCAACCUGGACGGAGUAUAUCAGAAUCUGAAGUUAGAGAAAUGUGUUAUAAAAUUCUUAGAGAGCAGUUAGAAGAUUUGACAGCGGGCUUGCAAGGACCACCUGGACCACCAGGUCAAGGUAAAGCUGGAAAGAACGGUCGACCUGGUCCUCCGGGGCCUCCAGGUGAUCGGGGUCCUCCUGGGCCACCAGGAGAAAGGGGCUUUCUUGGUUUACAUGGUUUACCAGGGCCCGCGGGGCCACCUGGCCCUGAAGGUCAACGAGGUCCCCCAGGUGAAAAAGGUGAAACAGGUGAAGGUGCUCUUGGUCCACUUGGUCCCCAGGGUCCACCAGGUCCACCAGGAUCACCGGGAGAAGGCAUGCCAGGAAGAGCAGGUGAGAGAGGUUUACCAGGUAUGCCUGGUAGCCAUGGCCAUAGGGGUGCACCUGGCCCUCCUGGCCCACCUGGAUUCUGUGAGUUCUGCCCCUAUGGUUUUCAAGCUUACCCACCACAGACAAGAAAUACAAUGAAAGGGCCUUAGAAACAGUUUUGUUGAAAUUGCAUAGGCUUAUUAUUGUGUUAAGAAAGUGAGAAAUUGGUUAUAGUUUACAUUGUAUGAUAGAUAUACAUAUAGAAUGAAUGUUGUCUACUGAUUUAUUUUUUAUGUGUGGUAUUGUUAACAGUAUAUUUCUAGACUAGUGUAUCAUAAAUUGAAAGACAGUUUAUCUGGUACCAUUGCAAUACGGCAAUGGAUAAUUUAUAUUUAUUCUAUCAUCACAGUGAUAUAUCUGAUGUAUUUUUCUCUGAAUACCUUUUUUUUUGUUCUAAACUUUCUAAUAUAUAUUUUACAUAUGUACUUUUAAGUGUACAAGUUUAUGUGCAGAGGUUCAACAUAUAACAAAAAAGUAAUAAAAAAAAGAAAUAAGAAUUUUAAACUAAUAAUGAAAUAUUAGAAAAAUUUUAAGCUAUAUUAUAUACUUUAAGCUAAAUGAUUGUCCAUAAAUCAUGUCAUUCAUUUUUUUUUAAAUCACCCCCCCCCCCCACACCCUUCCUUGUGGUCAUACUUCAGCCUCCUUUCCCUACCACUUCAUUAGCAUUUUGUUUUUGUAACAGAAAUUUCUUCCCUCAAAUAUUAACUAACCUGAUUCAAGACCAGGUGUAUUGAAGAAUUUUUAGUUCAAUAUUUUUAAUGUAAAAUUACUGCUAAAGUUUCUUUUUAAAAUGUCAUUGUGUUGUUAUGUUACUCUUUCUCAUCCCAAAUGACAAAUUCUGAACCCCCAUCCACCUCACCCCAGGAGCAAGACAUCAUUUAUGGAUGUGCAAUAUCUCUUGUGUAACCUAACUGCUGAGUAUUUAGAACUGCAGCUUGAUAUUAGUUAAAUUAAAAAUUAGAAGCAAUUAGUAUAAUUUAAUUCAAUUAUAGUUAAUUAAAUUUAUCCUCUAAAAAUGGUGAAUACAGUUGAUUUUGUUUAUGCAAUUAAUGAAAGAGAUAUUUAAAAGUGCUUUGACAUAAUGGUUUAUAUUUCAAUGUGUGUGAUCUUUGCUUCUAUUGUGGGAACAAACCUUUGUCCCCAUUUUUGUACAAUUCUAAUCUUGUUCUGGAUGUAUCAGGUCAGUUUUUCUAAGAAUUUCUUCUUCACGUUCUUUAAUUUGGUCAGCUGCUUAAGAACAUUUUUAUACAUAGACUAAUUAAUAAAAGAAAAAAUGUAUUCCUAAAAUACAUAGCUGAACUAAUAUUAUAAUAUAAGAACAAAUAGACAGUAAAUUAUUGCACUGGAAGAUUUUAAUUAGUUGUGUUUGUAGGGGUUUUCUUUAAAAAAUAUUUAUGCUCAAGAGAUUCUUAAAAAAUGUAAUCAGAUUUGUAAAGGUAUUGACACACUCUGUAAGUUUAAAAUCAUAAACAGUAACAAAUUAGUAAAUUAUUGAACAUGUGUGAUUGCAUGAUUCUCUGCAAAAUAUUUUUAAACUUCACACCUGACAUAAUUCAAUGUAUGUUCCCAUAAUAUUCAGUAUCAUCAUACUUGUCUUUUAUCACACCUAAUUAUAAUAUUAAUUCUCUAUCAAGUGCUGCAGUUCUUUAAUGUGAUAAAUAACUUGAUGGGCUUUUAAAUCAUGAGUUUACCUGUUUUCAAAACAUCAUACAUCAACAUUUGACAAACUCAUUGAAGAAAAAUGAUUUUUAAACAGAAAAUUAAGCAUGUAUUUCAAAAUUGUAUGGUUGAACUUACUUAAAAACUUUAGAACAGUUACCUUAAUGUUUUUUAGAACAUACAUAUUCAUUAGAUUGAAAUAUUUAAAAAAUAUAUUGAGUUUACAAAACAUUGACUUUUAGUACACGGAAAUAUUUCUAAAAGAUCUCGAGGUUACGAAAUACUGACUGUUAUAGACUGGUUUAAGUUAUUUUGACCCACUUGCUCUACUUCUUUUCCUCACAUAACUCAUUCAUUUUAUACUACAUUUAUUGGUGCUCUGCAGUAAUUCUGUAAUUCCAUAUCAUGUUAUUAUAUGCUGACCAUCAUUGCAAUAGUCAUCUCUUUUAUUUAUCAAUACUGACAUUUAGAAUUUAAAAACAGAAGAAGGAUCAAAGUAGAAUCAAGAAUACUUUAGAAAAGAAACUCGAGUUAAAUAAUAAAAUUUAUAAUGUUUGUGUUUAGGGUGAGUAUACCUUUUUAACGUGAACAAAUAAGAUCCUUGUGAACAUCUGGUUUAUAAAUACUCAUUGCUUAAAGCAAUACAACUUUGUCCUGCCCUAGAAUAUCACUGGGUGUGCCACCAGCUAAAGCUGUGUUACUCAAUGUAUUAGGUUACUUAAGUUUAUGAUUUUUUUUUUUAAAUCUACUUUGUUGAUUUUUUUCCUCAUGUAAUUAGACCAUUUGCUUUAUAUACAAGGUACCUAAAGUCAUUGUACAUUCAAAUAUUUCUUCCUGUUUUUGUUUUCUUACUGUGUGAUAUACUGAUUUUUUUCUUCUUGUAUCAUAGUUUACUUUUACUUUUUAAUGUUCUUUCAGAAUCAAAGGGCUAUUAAACAACAAAUAUGUCCUUAUUAUCGAUUCUAUUGUGUGAUUGCAAUAUAGUGUUAGCACUUUGGUUUGGGAGAUUUUUUUAUAGUUUGGCUGAAGAUUAGGUUAUAUUUAUUAAAAACUAUAAAGUUAAUCAUUUUAAUUUUUAAGAAAAGUUGAAUAUUAGAAAAUUAGAGAUUUUACUAAACAUUUAAAAAGUUAGCAAUAUUGCUGUGAGCUUUCUGUAAGCAUUUUAAAAUGUUUUGAAAGCCUAGAAAUAUCCAGAGAACACUGAAUGCAAUUUUAACUGGUGAUGGUUUUUAAAUGGCUUAUUGUUCAAUCAACAUUUUAUACAUAAUAAGUAUACUGAUUGACUUGUGUUUAAUUUUUAUAUGUAACCUGUUAUUCUGUUUAAAAUUUCCUGUGUAAUUUGUUUCCAUCUUGUUAUGUGGAACUGUUUAUAUAGACUAACAAAAAGAAAUAUCCGGUAUCUGUAUUAUUGUAAAACAUAUGAGUGUUAUUUAGGUUAAGCCUUUAACAGAUUGUUACUUCUAUGCAAACACAACAAUGACUUUACUUUCAAAAUGCAUUUAAUAUAUGUAUUAUCUAGCUAUGAUUAAAAAAUAAACUUAUUAAUUUUGAAUUAACAAUC